GGGCUGUGGUGCUCGGAGCCGAGCUGCGGGCUCCUCACACGCCGGGCUGCUGCUCUCAGGGCCGCAGCUGCCGUCCCACCUCAGCCUCUCACUGUGUCUGCUGUGUGCCCCGAGCGCAUCCCACGAACAUGGGGUACCUCCACUGACCGCAGUGUGAGCGUUUCUGAGCAGCAGUGAGACCACCAGAUCAGUUCUGGGUGCGUUCCCAGCAGUGUUCCAUUGCUCUCAUUAACCAGAAGCCAUGCUGAACGUGCCUUGCACCUUUUCACACGAGGCACUCUGUGUCUUGGAGCACCAGCACGGGGCUUUUGGAGGCCUCGAGGUUCCCUUUCUUCGUGUUGCUGUUAAUGUUAUGGCCUCAGGAAGGUCACUGUCAGCACACCCAUUGCUCAAUUUCUGUGCCUAUAAAGUGUAAUCCCAAAUUUUGGCCCCUGGAAAUGGAAGAUUGUUGGGGAUUUACUGUACAGGAAGUAAUUCUGUGUGUUGGGGACCGAUGGGAUUGUGGCUCUGAAACGAUAGAACCAUUUACUUCACCUUUCUAUGAACUAAAACACGAGCAGAAAAGCCCAGACCUUCAUUUUAGCGUGUUGUCCGUUCUCACAUUGUGCUCGAGGGAAAUUUUACAUCUGCACAGUAAUUUCCUGCAGGUCCCUCGUCAGACCCGCUGUGACAUUUAGUCAUGUACGUCAGCUGCACAUUCAGUCCAACAGAUCACUAUGAUGACUGCACUGCUUCGGGGCUGUGCUGUGGCCUUGGUACCGAUGUGCUCCAUCACAAGGCAGUGAGCAGCACCCAUUUCUCUCCCCUCCUCUCCUCUUCGCCAGCAGCUCCCUUCAGAUGGCUGAGAAGGCAAGCAGAGGCCAGCAAGAUAUCCCCAGCUCUUCUCCUGAUGAAAACGAGUUUCCUUUCGGAUACCCCACCAGCAUUUGUGAAGAUGUGCCCGAGCAGAAGUACCUGUGCAGCAACUGCAAUAACGUUCUGAAGAAAGCCCUGCAGACGCUCUGUGGGCACAGAUACUGCUCUGCCUGCCUGUCCUGGAUUGUCCGGAACAAUAAAAAUCCAGUUUGCCAGAAAUGUAAAGAGGAGGAUCCCAGCACUCUGAGUGAAGGAAACCUAUUGGCAGAGGAAAGGGCCUUUGGGGAUGCUGCCAUUAACAAGGAGAUUUCUGAGCUCAGAGUGCACUGUGUGACCCUUGGAUGCAGUUGGUGUGGUACCAUGAAAAACUUUGAGGAGCAUCAGAUUCUGUGUGAAUACGCUUUGAUCCCUUGUCACACUGGCUGUGGGCACGUGGUGAUGAGAAAGAAACUUGCAGAUCAUUUGGAAAACGGAUGUGUUAAUAACAUGACUGUGUGUCACAAGUGUAAGCAGAGCUUAUCCAGCAGCAAGUACCAAAAACAUUCAUGUGAAGGCAGUUUAUAUAGAGAGCAGAAGCAUGUGCAAGCAGAAACACCAUCAAACGAAAAGAACCAUUCUGGGCUCUCAGUCAGCAUGGAUGGAUGUCGGUUUUCUGAGGUUGGCUGUUCCUUUGGGGGCAGCAAAGAGGUGAUAAAGGAGCAUGAAAAAACUGCAGUUGGGACUCACAUGCUGCUUCUGCUGCAGUACAUAAAGCAACUGAAGGCAAACCUGUGCACUGCUUCCAAAGCUGCAAAUGGUUUCAUCCCACAGACAGAGCUGAAUGUGAACGGUGCAGAAAAAAGCAUCUCUGAUCUGUGCAUCCCAGGCAGUCUGCAAAUCAAUGGGGAUCUGGAAGUGGACUGUUUAACCAGAACUUCUGUUCCCAGAGAUGAAUCUGUUGUACAGCAGCUGGUGAGGGAGAAGGUGAUUUCUGAGCUCGAAAAUAAGCUACAUGUGUUUGAGAAUAUUGUGGCAGUGCUCAAUAAAGAAGUGGAGACCUCCAACUUGGAAAUCACAGCAUUUCGGAGGCAGAGUGAACUCGAUCAAAAUAUAAUACGAGGCCUUGAACUGAAGAUUGCAGAGUUGCACUGCUGCCUGACCCAGAAGGACGCAGGCCUGAGCAGGCUCCAUAAGAGCCUUCUGUUCUCCGAGCAAACUUCCUACGAUGGGGUCUUUUUGUGGAAGAUAACAGAUGUUAGCCAGAAGCUACAGGACUCAGUGACGGGCAGAGCAGUCAGUCUGUACUCACCAGCGUUCUACACUGCAAAGUAUGGCUACAAGGUGUGCCUGAGGAUUUAUCUGAAUGGGGACGGGAUGGGAAAAGGAACCCACAUAUCGCUCUACUUUGUUGUCAUGAAAGGAGACUACGAUGCUCUGCUCCCGUGGCCCUUCAGGCACAAGGUUACAUUUAUGUUGCUCGACCAAAACAACAGAGAACAUAUUAUUGAUGUGUUCCGCCCAGACUUGGCUUCUGCUUCCUUUCAGAGACCUGUGCACGACAUGAAUGUUGCCAGCGGCUGCCCCACCUUCCUCCCUCUGACCAAACUGCAGUCCCCAAAGCACGCCUAUGUGAAAGAAGAUACACUUUUCCUUAAAUGCAUCGUAGAUACAAAUUAGUAACUUCUGAAACGUGUCUGGUAAAUCACCCUCUGCAAUUCAUUUGUUUGCAAGAAAAGAAACAUCAGUUUGGGGCAUUGCAUUGGUUUGGAGAGCUGGGCUGUGUCCCCCUGUGCUGGCUGGGAUCAGCUGGGUCUGCCUGCUCGCUGUGGUUGCUGCUGGCUGUGCAAACACGUUGCCCAGUGGCACACAGAGCGUGCUAUUGCACAUGGGGGCUGUGAUUAUGUCACUGACCUGCCCAAACUCUGCUUUAGAUGUAGAUCACAGCUGCUCCCCUUUGCAUGCACAGGUGGGUCAAGGGGAGCUCCUUCCCUACGUUGCCCAGGUGUGCUGUUCUGGCAGGGCACCCUGGGGCUGAGGGCAGUGUGCUGCAGGGCUGCAGGGCUCUGCACACCCUUGGGAGCAGCAAGGAGUGCUGCUCCCUCUCCCACCAUUCCCAGGUUUGAUGUGCCCGUUGUGCCACCUGCACUGUGGGACUUGUGCUGCUCCCCAGCAGGGAUGGUGCAGAUCCCUCCCACAGGCUCUGGGUGGGCGUCUGUGCUUUUUGAGGACCCUGAAAGCUGUGAGCUGUGAGUAGCACUGGCAGCUUGAAAUCCUUAUACUGGAUGAUUUAUUUCUUGCUAUUUAUUUCAGACCUAUAUUUAUGUGCUCUGUACGGAGAUGCUCUGUUGCAUUAGAAAUGCAACCAGGUUACACUGUGCCUGGGGAAAGUUGCCUCUGGUGUUUCCAAAAGUGGCACUUUGACUUUCCCACCUCAGCCAUGGAGCUGUGGGGGUUAACAACAAGUAGGGCCAGGCUGGCAGCUCAGCAGUGGGAAGGACCCCUCGGGGGCUUGGGCUUAAAGUGCUCCCUCACUUCUGAAGCUUUGAGGCAAGUGACUUAUUAGGAAAUAUUGAUCUUUUAUGUGCUUGACAUGCUAACAUGGAAGUACCUGCUAGAACUGUUUUUCUUUAAGAGGCGGGGAAUAAAUAAAAGUUAUUUUUACAAUCAAGCUAAACUUGGUUGGAUGUACAUGAAAUUCAAAUGCUGGACUUUAUCCCCUGAAAAGCACUCAACCUGGUGCUCCCAUUUGCUGCUUCAGAACCGGUUGGUGGAUCAGUGCAGCUGGGCUGGGUUUGGCUGCAGCAGUUUCUGGACUCCCAGCAGGUCAAUGCCUGCAGUGCAGCCGCUGCUCCUGGCCUGCAAGGCACUCUGCAGGAUGGCUGCAAGGGUAGGAUGCAGAUCCAAGGCCUGAUCUUGCAGACAGAGGCAGGUGUUCAUUUAUGAUUGAAAAUCUUUUAUGUAACUAUAUUCCUUUUUUCCUCUGCAAUAUCUCCCAAGAAUCACUUGAAAAAACAAAACUGGCAGAAUUGCUAUACUCACUGCAUGAGAAGGGAAAGGAGAAACUGUCCAUUGAACAACCACAGAACAGCAGCUGCCUAGCAGAGCUGCUGCAUGCCCUGUGCUGCAGUUCCCCGCAGACCUAUGGGCACAUUUUCCAAAGCUCUCCCUUCUAUUUUGACAGUGUCCUUUUCAUAGAAUCGUUGGGUUGGAAGGGAUCUCAAGGAUCAUGAAUCUCCAGCCCCCCUCCCCAUGCAGGGCCACCGACCUUCACAUCUAAUAGACUGGGCUGCCCAGCCUCCCAUCCAACCUGGCCUUGAACACCUCCAAGAACAGAGCAUCCUCACUUUACAUCACGAGUUGUGAUGAAGUACCACAUUUCAGAAAAAAA